AUGCGCUUCGUCCUCCUGCCAACGGUCCUGGCAGCCCUGCCCCUGGCGGCAGCCUGGACGGCGCCGACGUAUGGCGGCUUCGAGCAGCUCUGGUCGGAAGAGUUCACAGGCGCGGCCGGCGACCGCGUCGACGGCAAGACGUGGAACUACAUGACGGACAUCCACGUCAACAACGAGCUGCAAAAGUACACUGAGGACUCGCGCAACGUGCAGAUCUCAGGCGGCGGCACCGUGCAGCUCGUGCCGUGGCGCGACGCGCGCGGGCAGUGGACGAGCGGGCGCAUCGAGAGCAAGUACGUCUUCACGCCGCAGGCGGGGCGCGUGACGUUCGCCGAGGCGACGCUGCGGUUCGGGGCCAACGACGCGGCGACGCGGCAGGGGCUGUGGCCGGCGUUCUGGAUGCUGGGGGACGCGAUGCGGCACGGCGUCGACUGGCCGGCGUGCGGCGAGAUUGACAUACUCGAGCGCGUCAACGGCGCGGCUGAGGUGACGGGGACGGUGCACUGCGACCGCGAGGGCGGCGGCGCGUGCAACACGCCGACGGGCAUCGGGGCGCCGACGGCGCUGCCGGACGGGGACUGGCAUGCGUGGCGGCUCGAGUUUGACCGCACGGCGCCGGACUGGCGCGUCCAGACCAUCACCUGGUUCCGCGACGGCCAGCAGUUUCACCAGGUCAGCGGCGCGAGGAUCGGCAGCGAGGGCAUCUGGAAGGCGCUGUGUCAGUCGCCCGUCUACUUCAUCUUGAACGUCGCCGUCGGCGGGACCCUGCCUGGAGAUCCUAACGACCAGACGCUUGGUGGCUACGGUGCCAUGAUGGAGGUUGCCUACGUCGCCGUCUACCGUUCGCAGGACCUGGGCUAG